GUGCGGAACAUGCCGCGGAACCUCGCGCUUGAGCGCAUGGGUCGCUUCGUGGAGGAGCUCAAGCUGGCCUACGAGCCCUUCAGCCCAUCCCUGCGAAGGGUUGAGAAGGCCGAUGCCUUUUCUGAGGGUGACCUCAGCUGGGAGAAGGCCUGGCUGGGCGUCCAUGCCAAGGUUCAGUCGGCUCCCGCCUUUGUCCAAGAGAGUGAGGAGGUCAGCGCCAAUGAGCGUUGCUGCUGGAUCUGUGAGAACUGGGUGGCGCAAGAGGUUUUCUACAUACCAGGCUGGUCUGGUGCAGAGACGAGCCUUGAUGAGGUUGUGAAUGUUUUCGCUUAUUUCAGCGUGGACAACUUCACGAGGCCUACAAGGCUGAGCAAGACCACCCAGCGGUAUCACUCGCGGGACUUCGACGUCACCAGCUCACCGAGCCCAGUGGGCAACAAGCACGUGCAGAUGGCUCUUGAAGCGAUGCCGGAAGAUGGACAACUUGGGCGCCAGCCAUUCGUCGUGGAUGGCAACGUCGUGUGUUUCGCUGGCGCGCGCAUGCUGCCUCCCAGCUACGAGCGCAUCCAGGUGAUCUUCCAGGUGAAUGAGGCGUUUGUCUCGGCCGACCACCUUGCCAAAAUGCCACUGCUGACUGCCGUGCCCUUGUCUUUGCACAGUGACGGCCGCACCAGCGCAAAUGAUCCCUUGCCUGCGAUUCCGACGUUGUUGGACCACCCUGCCGUGGACGUGGCGGAGGUGAACAUCAUCGAUGUUGAGACCCAAGCUCGAGCGCUUUUCGAGCAGGGUGACAUGGAUGCGCUGUUCCUGAGCGAGGACGUGAGGCUACAUGCAGCACCGGUACCUCCCCGGACGUUGCAGCUGCAGAGCCACAAAAAGUCUGCAUGGACCUUCAAGAAAUCUGUCUUCAAGGACUAUCGCCGCGAUUCUGAUGACAUUGCCAGGGCCUGUUUCGAGCAUGACUACGCGUUGACCAGGCUGGAGAGAUAUUGGAAGAAGCAGUUGAAAGGGGAAGACCGCAGGGCGGACGUCAGCUCAGUUCAGGCCUUGCUGUCCUCGGCUUACCACGGCAUCAUCGCUGCCUACAAUACUGCGUCCAUCUUGGACUGCACAUCAAGCCGGCAAAGCUGCAGCCUUUCGCUGGCGGCCUUUUCUCGGCUGCUGAUCUCUCGGCCAUCCCAAGAGAGGCCUGCAGUGGAAGCAUCGCCACCUGGGUCGCGAAGGCACAUGACGUUGUCUGAUGGAGCGGCCGUGGUGAGAACUCGAAGCAAGCAGGCAUCUGGAGAAAUUCUCAAGCUGCGAAACUCUAUGAUGGCAAGUCUGGAUGACUCCCACCCGGUCAACAGAGGACUUCCCUUCGCCAAAGCCGAUGCCCUGUACACCGCAGUGCUGGUUGACCUUGACCACCUGGACCUCAGGACUCUGUCGGGGAUGCCGUCUGAUGGCCUGGCGCGAUUCCAGUUCUUAGAGGUGCUGGUUUGCUGCGCCAUUGCUUGUGCUCAUGGCCGGCCGCCUUCGCAAGCGAUUAGCAGCUUCCUGUCGUCCCUUGACCUUGGCAAGCAGGAGCUGGGUGCGAGGCGAGCUUUGCAUGAGUCGCUCUUCACCGAAGACUGCUGCCAAGUCUUGCGGCGAAGCAUGAAGCCUCUGCAAGAGGUAUACCAGAUCUAUCAGAAGCGAUUUCGCUUCAAGGCUGGUGUCGAGGCCGGCAUGAUGUCUUACAGCGCCUGGCUUCAGUUCCUGGAAGACUGCAAGAUACCUUGCCUCGAUACGGAAGACUAUCCCACAGCUUUUGCGCUUGGGAAGGAGCUCUGUGUGGAGCAGCAUGCAAGCCUGAGACACAUGGCGUUGAGCUGGUCGGAGUUACUCGUCGCGGUGGCUGCCGCAGUGCAGCUUUCGAGCCCUUUCUCUACGGCGGACUUCGCUGAUCGGUUGCUGGACUUCCUUGUCGAAGAUCUCCCAGAGGCUGUCCGCUGCGGCCGCGCGGCGCAGUUUGCCGAAGCCGGCCAAGUUGCUGCCUCCUUGGGGAGCAGCGAUGCGAAGGAAGUGCGAUUGGUGGCCCUCGUGUGCCGCGUCUUCAACGACGCGGACGAAGACGGCUCUGGGCUCCUCUCCGCACGGGAGUUUUCGGAGGCCUUUCAGCAGCCUCGCACGCAGGCUGCUUUGGAGGAGUUGGGUGUGGUGGUUGGCGAUAUGAAGCUGCUGUUCUUGCGGCUCGACAUAGACGACUCAGGUAGCAUCUCGCUGAAGGAGUUUGUUGACGGCCUGCUAAAGCUGCGCAGCGAGAUGAUGCUGCUGGAGAAGGGUGUCCGAGAGAUGCGCAAGGCCUUCCUGAAGAUCGAAACCCAGCACGGUUCGUCCACGGGCAUCACGAAGGAGCAGUUCCUCGAGUAUAUUCGAAUCCCUGCCAAUGCCGACGUGCUGAAGGGGGCCGGUAUCCAGGUUGAGGACAUCAACGAUUUGUGGCAGGCGGCGCAGCAGGCGCUCUCGCGUGAUGCACGCGCCGUGGACCUCUCUGCCGAAGCGCUGGUGGCGGGAUACCUGGACCUCAACCUGGAGAAAGGCCGCAUCAUUCGCGCCAUGAACUUCCUCAACUCGAUCUUCCAGGUUGCGGACAUGGAUGGCAGUGGUUCCCUUAGCAAGGCGGAGGUGGGAACUUACCUCUGCAGAAAGGAGGUAGCAGAGAAGCUUCAGUCCUUAAAGCUCUUCGUUCCAGAUUGGCUGGAGAUCUUUGAUGCAAUGGACGCCGAUGGCGAUGGCGAGUUGACCUGGGCGGAGCUGUCCACCGCCAUGCAAUGCAUCUGGACCCAGCUGGCUGGAAACGAGCCGACGAAGACAGUGGGGGAUGAGAUGGAAGCUUUAUUGGAGGAGGAUUAG